GUGAUUGCGGCGCCGUCGCGAGGAUAGGUCGUAGCAAUGGCUGGUGGCAAUCUCCGCGAUGAACACGAGAGAGACGGCGGAAUUGAAGUUGACAAUGCAUCGGAUCUUCAGAUGUAUCGCAUCCAUUCGAUCGAAUCAACGGUUGUGAUUCGUCAGUUACCUUCUCAAGGAUGGCUUCCUGCGACAGCUCUCGUCACGCUUCUCGAUAGCUACCGUCGUGAUCCAAGCAACAGCCCCCUCACUCGCACUCUCUCGAGUUUCACAUACACAGGCUCGGAUUCUCCACGGCUUAACAUCGUCGAGAUCGGAUCGGGAACAGGGAUCGUCGGAAUCGCGGCGGCUGCGACGCUAGGUGCUAACGUUACGUUGACGGAUCUCCCAAACGUUAUCGAGAAUCUCAAAUUCAACGCGAACGCGAACGCUCAAGCCGUGGCUAGAUUCGGUGGGGAAGUCCACGUGGCGCCUCUCAGGUGGGGAGAGGCUGGUGACGUGGAGGACUUGGGUGGAGACGUUGACUUAGUUCUUGCGUCUGACGUGGUGUACCACGAGCAUCUUUAUGAUUCUUUACUCAAAACGCUGCGUUUAAUGCUUUUAGGUAAAGAGGGCAAGAGAGUGUUUCUUAUGGCUCAUCUCAAGAGAUGGAAGAAAGAAUCGAUUUUCUUCAAGAAAGCUAGGAAGGUUUUUGAUGUUGAUGUAGUACACUGUGAUGAUCCCAAAGAAGGUUCUAGAAUCGGAGUUGUAGUUUAUCGUUUUUUCCCCGAAAGGUCAUCUAGAAAAAUGUAUUUGACAAAUGUUUAUAACUGAAUGUUAAGUGUUUGGUCGGAGUAAU